AUGUUCGAAGGCGCAGUGGCUGGUAUCCUCAACCGGCUGCUGGGCAAGUACGUGCAGGAUCUUGACACGGAGAACUUGAAUGUUGGCAUCUUCUCAGGAAAUGUCAAUCUCACUGAUCUGAAACUCAAGCCUGAGGCUCUAUAUGAAUUAGACCUUCCAAUCGAUGUAAAAAUCGGAACGAUAGGAAAAAUCAACUUACAAAUACCUUGGUCGGGACUGUACACCCAACCCGUGGUUGUUCACAUAGAAGAUGUACUGAUUCUGGUUGGACCGGCCAUCUCAAAUAGCUACUUCGACCCUGACAGAGAGAAGCGUCUUACGAGAGCCGCAAAAACGAAAAUUCUACAAGAUUUAGAAGCAGAAAGCGAGAUAUUGAAAGGACCGCAGAAUUUCUUCGAGAACCUUUUCACGGCCAUCGUGAAUAAUUUGCAGAUUUAUGUACGAAAUGUCCACGUCAGGUAUGAGGAUUCCAUCAGCUCAAAAGACGGGCCGCUGGCGUGUGGGCUGUGCCUCCAGAGCCUGUCUAUUGAAACUACAAACAGCAAAUGGAAACCUUCAGUGACACCAGCCAACGCCUCAACAGUAUAUCAGAUGAUGCGUGUUGAGUCACUUUCUCUGUACUGGAAUCCGACUGCAACAGCUCUUGACGAUGUGGAGAUAGCUCACAUAACUCCCAUGCAGUAUUACAACUGGAAGCACUACAUGCUUACUGGAUUGGACAAGUUUUCAAUGCAUCAUGAGGACUUUGAAUUUCUACUAAGGCCAGUAACAUGUAAGGUGAAGGUUAUCAUUAACCGAUCUGGCGAGGCGAGGGUGCCGCGUUUACUCCUGGACGCAGUGAUACAAGACAGCGCUUUUCAGCUGUCUAGGCGGCAGUAUCUGUCCAUAGAUAACUUGCUUACUUCCUUUCAGAGGAUUACGCUUAACAGAAAGUACAGACAUCUGCAUCCUGGCGUUCCUCCUUUAAAAAACGUCAAGAAGUGGUGGCUCUAUGCUUACAACGUGGUCGUCGAACAACGCGUUCGUCCCUACACUUGGGCGGCAAUCAAGAAACACAGAGAGAAUUAUAACAUUUACAAGAAGACCUACAAAAGUACCUUGAGGAGUCCAAACGAUAUUGAACUAAAAUUAGAUUUGCAGAAGUGUGAGGACAAUCUUCCGAUUAUAUCUGUGGUGAUAGCGAGGGAGCAAGCCAAAUUUGAAUUAUUAAACCAAGAACCCGACAGGAUAGAAGUCGUAGAAACAGAAUUUGACUGGUGGAGGCCAACUUCAGAUUACGACAGUGACUCAGAAACUGAAGCUAAGUCACGAGUAGAACUGUGUGUGAAGACAGAGAGGUGUAAGAGUCUGUGGAGCCACUUGUCUAGUCCUGAGAAAAAGAAGGUCUGUGAACUUAUCGGAUACGCCGAGGGAGCACCGAGACAGGAUAAAUCCAAACAGUAUAUUGAGCAUAAAAUCAAUUUGACAUUGGCACAUUGUACGCUGACUUUGAUGAAUAGGAGCAAAGAAGUGUUAGUCGUUAAUCUAACGCAAUUCCUCACGUCUUUGGAGACGAGACCUUCAGCUAAAGCCUUUAAGGUAUCUGCAAGAACGGAGAGUGUAAUCAUAGAGGGUAUGGCUUCUGAUGGAGAACUGGUGCCAUUACUAUUAGCUGCCCCGGGUACCUUUGUGGGCAGCAACACAGCUCUCGCCUUGGACGUGGAGAAAAAUCCCACAAACAGCAACGCGGACCUUGGCGUUAUGUGUCACGUGGAACCCGUGGAAAUGAUCUAUGUCGAGCGCACGUUUACAGAGCUGAUAAAUUUCUUCCAAACUCAUUCAAUGACACCUGAUGCAUUGGCUGAAGAAGUAUCUUUAGCAGUGGAACAAGUUGGAGCGGUGAGCAAGUCGGUGCUCGCCCACGCGAUAAGUCGCAGGAAGGUGUUCCAUCUCAAUGUCGACUUAAAGGGACCUACAAUUAUCCUUCCUGAGCACGGCUGUGUGCACAAACCUGGUCGUGUCAUGGUGCUGGAUAUAAACAGGAUUGUAAUAAAAUCUGAUCUGCAACCUUCUAAUCUAACGCUAGAAGAUGCAACUUGCAUGGAGUUAGAGGAACGUCUCUAUGAUCGUUUCCAUGCAGAAUGUUCUGUUCAGGUAUUGUUCUGCGAAUGGAACGAGUCAUGGCGUGAGGCUCGUAAGCAAGGGGACUCCGAACUCCACUUGAUUCCGCGGCUCCGCACACAGUUGGUCUUCUCAACAAGCAUCAAGAAAGACUACAAACUUUUACCCAGAUACAAGCUGAACAUCUCGCUGUCAAGCCUCAAAUUGAAUUUGUCUGAUCGAGUCAUCGGAUAUCUUUUGGAUUUCGUCGACAAUUUGCCGGUCCCAGUGCCCAACACAGUUCCUGUCUCCUUCAUGGACUCUGGGGAUUAUGUCGAGGAGUUAGAGGAUCCAGUGCUGAUGGAAGCUUUGGAACUAGAUAGAGUAACCGCGGAUCCUGGGUAUAAAGAGUUGGUCAGACUGAGGCAGAAAAUUGUGGCUACGUACUUUAGUAGGAAUAGGGCAGCUGAAACGAAGGCAGAUGGUGACAGCGCCAGGUCACCAGCUGAAGAAUCAUUACCAACGGCUGAUUUUAGUGACGAAGACGUAGAGGAAUACGCACGCUCUGUUGAUCUGCCGGGCUUCGACGACAAUGUGUCGCCUAGUAACACUAUCGGGACCUUGAUGAGGUUUAUUGCUGGUGAAAUUGUGAUAAACUUAAACCGGUCGAGCGAGCUGAUAGACAAGCCAUAUGUGAUGCUAAGCGUCAGCAAGGUGUGCCUGGAUGUAGCUCUGAUGCAGUUCGGGCCCGCCAUACAACUGUCCGUGGGGGAGGCCUUACUAACUGACAAACAGAACCACAGCAGCACGGGACAGUAUCUGGAGUUGUUAACCAGCUCUGGAGAGUUAUUCAACUUAUUGUAUAGAAAGGUUCGCGCCAAUUGUCCGGAGUUCCGGUCACAUUUCCACAACGUGGAGCAAGCUCUGGUGGCCGAUGUGGGGCCGCUCACCAUCCUGGCGCAUGCCGCGGCACUCGCUUCGCUGCGGAACUACCUGCACUAUAUACAGCACAAAAUACAAAAACGUCACACAUUGAACUUGAAAACUCUAAUUUUGCCAAAGACGAGAACUUUGUGGGAUUAUUUAAUGAAGCCAGAAGCAGAUCCACCGGUUCCGCCGGGAGCGACGAAGUUCAGUUAUUCGGUCCGGUUGUCUUCUGUAACGGCGAGAUUGGUCCAGGCGGACAGUCCGCUAGUAGAAGUUCGCAUAACGGCUCUCGAAAGUGACUGUGUGUUCCGAGCUAACGAUAGGCUUAUAUUCAAACUCUUCCUGGGUUCGCUGCACGUUGAUGAUCUUGCGGAGGCUACUCUUUACCCCAAGUUGGUAUGGCCCGAUGAGGACAAGGUGGUGGAAGUGAAAUACGUCCGGUCUGCAACGGGAAGUAGUUCCCGAGGGCGGGCGGACGCGGAGCUUCGCGUGCAGGUCGGACGGCUACACGUUGUGCUCUUCUGCUCACUGCUCUAUCAGCUGCAGCAAUUCGCGGAGGCGCUGGUCCCGAGCUCCGCGGCGACGGAGGCGGCGGCGGCGGCCGAGCGCGCGGCGCAGCGCCGGGCCGCCGCGCUACGGGCCGCGCCGCUCCGGGUCAACCUGGCCAUCGAGAUUCACGGUCCUGUAUUACUAUUACCACAAAAACCAUCAUCGCCGAAUUUACUAGUUCUCAAUACGGGUGAUCUGCUGAUAGAGAACUUCUUCAAAACAGUUAACGCUAGCAUUGAGUCAACCACCCCGGUGUACAGUCCCGUAAUUGAUAAUGUUCUUAUCAAACUCGUCAACAUCACCCUGUCGAGAGCGGUGAUGACCCUCGCUGGUACUUUGGAAGUUCAGGAACCAAUUUUAGAGCCAAUCUCUGUACGUUGCGAUUUAAAACGCGCAGUUGGCUACACACAAGUGGCUAGUUCCACUGUAUACAGGGAUUUGCUAUUAUGCGAAGCAGAUGUGGUCAUGGACGUGGUGACAAUCAAUCUUGGUCAAAAGGACUUGGCUACAGUACUGGCGGUGUGGAGUGAUAACCUCAGUGAAGGGCAUUAUAUUGGUACCAUAGUUCCAACAUCUCCAGUAGAAAUAGCAUCAUCCGAAGUGACAGUUAAGAAACUGCAAGCGUUCUUCGCUCAAGGCGAUCCUGUGAGGAAGGAAUCUAUGUUUAGGUACACUCUGGAAGGCGUAGAACUAAAACUCUUCUCAGAUAUGGAUGAAGUCCUCAGUUCACCAGUACGGGACUUGAACCACGGUCUAGCGAAGAUCACAGCUGGAGAAGCGAACGUGCACUUCGAUUAUUACUCAGACAGUAGCAUCGAGGUCAAAGCCAGCCUGCAAAGUCUACUGAUUGAGGAUAUACGACCUGAUUCCACGGUUGUUAUAAGAAGGAUAUUCGAGUCCCAGGGCGGCGGGCGGCGCGCCGGCGGCGGCAUCUCGGUGGCGCGGCCGGCGCUGCUGGAGGCGGCGCUGCGGCGCUCGGCGCGCGCCGCCACGCUGGACGUGCGCCUGGAGCGCACGCGCCUCAACCUGGCGCUGCCCUUCCUGUUGCGGCUGGCGCGCAGCGUGCUGGGCGCCUUGCCGGGAGAUAAAACAAUGGAAGGCGGAGUAAUUAAUCAUGGAUACGUGGGCGAUGCACCGACGCGAGGUAACAACAACAGACCGGUGCGGUUACCGAGUUCUAAUGACUCUACCAGCGGCUAUUAUUCUGCAGCCACAUCUUUAUCAGAAGAUAUGCCAAGUCUAUCAAUAUCAGUUCAGUGUCGUCAGCCAGAAGUGAUGUUCUUCACAGACCUCAUGAAAACUGAGGGUCAUGCUUUACUUCUGAGGACUGAACUUCUCAUCGACUACUCCUGUCACUCAAACACCGAAACUUUGGUCGUAUCAUUGGCUGGACUCCAAGUUAUGUCCAAACUACAAUCCAAGCUAAAGAACCUGCCGCCCCAGUUGGUGAUAAAGCCAUGUGAUUUGGAAUUUUCUAAAAGUUUCAAAAAUAUAGAGGAAGGCGUGAUUGUUCGCUUGUCUGUGUCUGAAAUCGAUCUUCACAUAGCUGCGACAACUGUGCAUACUGUUAUGGAUAUUGUCGAAGAAAUAACAGCCGAACUGACGAUACCUGAUGAAAAAGAUACUUUCAACUUUGCCACGUAUAAUCCUAAAGCGGAGAAAGCUGACGAAGAUCUCUGGUCUCCAAAGAAAAUAACACCGUAUGUUGGAUUCCUUUCUGAAGACAGUUACAUCCAGCCGAAGUACCCGAGCGUGAAACCGACGGAGACGUUCCAAGUUAACGUGCCAGUAGUUCGUGUGACGUUCGAGAUUGAACACACUGUCAGAGUACCAGUUUUAUUGGUGGAGUUAUCAAGCGAGCUGAAGCUACACGACUGGUCACGACAGCUUCACGGCAGUGGCUGGCUGUCGGCGCAGGCGCACUGCUACAACGAGCGGCUGGGUGUGUGGGAGCCCACGCUGGAACCCCUGCUGCAGGACAACGUACAGCGCUCCUGGGAGAUUUGUGCCACGUUGUUCCAGGCAAAAUCCUUCCCGAUGUCUUCUCAACUAUCCACUAAAAAUCAAGAAGAAACCACGUCUGAUAACGUACCAGCAGAACCUCCUAGGAAAUCAAAGAAGAAAAACGAAUUUGAAUCUGAGACAUCUGCAGAUGAGGCAGAUACGGAUAACGAAAUGGUUUUCAUAAGGAAUCCUAAUGGGAAACGGAAUAGGAGCUAUAAUGUCGAUAUAAACACUUGCAAUAUGUCUUUCUUGAAAGCUCUGGACCUCGAGGAGUCUGAUUCAGAUAAUGAAAAUGGAAUGAAUGAUAAAUUGUCCAACGCUAUUGGACAUUUGUUCACAGACAGUGACUCGAGCAUAGAUGAACUGAGCAAUGACGAAGACUCAUCAGCUCCAGAGCAGAGUGAGGUUGAACUGAGUGACAGAGAAAUCGAAGAGGACGACAAACCUGAGACGUAUACUGAUGGUGAUGAGAAGAAAAAAGUGGAACCUAAGAGUGUCACUGUUCAGGAACCUGAACGUGAAGAUAGUGUCGAGUCAUCAAUAGAAGAAUUGCGUCUUUGUACCUACAUAGCGCUUGAAGCGAAAUCGCCAUUAAACUUCACUGUAACUCCAGCAGCAGUGCGAGCACUGCAAGCGCUGUCCAACGCUAUCACAGACCGCACGGCAGCGGUGUCAGCUAUAGUAGUCGCUGACAGCAGCUUACAACUGAUAAAUGACAUUGGUCCGGGCUCAACGGUGGUAUUACGCACGAGCGCCGAAACCGACCUGGCGGGUAACGAUCGCGUGCUAGCCGUCGCUGACUACGACCACUCUAGCAGAGCUAGCACACCUGGUUGCGACGUAUCUGGCGCUGAUUUACUGGACGAUGUGGAAAAGGAGACCAAACAAGAGAUGACCGACAUAAGUGACGAGUGGGACUGCUUCGAGGGCGGGUUCCCGGCCACGUGCGCUCUGGGCGCGCCGCCCCCCGCCGCCCCGCCCGCCGCCCCGCCCGGCCCUCGCCGCGCCGACCUGACGCUGUCCAUCCGCUUGCACGACUUCGAUCCGCUCAAUAUCGUAUGUCCUCAAAGAUCAGUAUCGAAGCUUCACGUUUUACACCCGAGCAAGAACGGAACCCGUUACUACAUCGUAGUAGAGAGGACGUCCAAAUACAACAAAAAGAAGAUAGUCGUACGAUCACCGCUGCAGGUCCGCAACGAGACGUCGUACGCGCUGGAGCUGCUGUACCGGCGCGCCGAGCUGGAGGCGGCGGGCGGGCCCGCGCUGGGCGCGCUGCGGAACCCCUUCGCGGGCCUCGCGCGCCUGGCCGUGCUAGCGCCGCACGACACGCACACCGUGCCGCUGCUCGUCGCGCACCACUGCAAACUCUUCCUCGCGCCCGCCAACUUCGAGAGUUACCAAGCUCCGGCGCAAGGUAUAUGGUGGAUGGAGCUGAUCAACGACCUGGGAACAUCUCGGGACGUCGUGUGUCCCGCUGUUGAUGACUCCGAUCCGAGUGUUUUCGCUAUGAAGGUCGUAGCAGUGGAAGGGCCGGGCGGGCGGGCGGCGCGCGCGCGCUCGGCGCCCAGCCUGCUGCUGCGCGUGCUGGCGCCGCUGCGCGUGCACAACCGCCUGCCGCACGCGCUGCAGCUGGCGCGCGGCACGCUGCGCGUGCGCGCCGAGGCGGGCGAGCGCGCGCACGUGCACGCGCUGGCGCCGCGCGCCGCGCACCGCCUCGCGCUGCACCUGCACUGCCACGGCCUGCCCUGGUCGGGCAGCUUCACUCUGUCCCCUGAUAUGGCAGAGAAAACGAUUAACAUGACGACAGACUGCGAAACAGAAGGAGGCAACAAAAGGCUCAUAGUGAAAGCCAGGUUACAGCAAGGACCUAAUCUGAGACUACUUCUGUACGCCCCCUGCUGGCUCAUUAAUAAGACCGGGUUACCGUUACAGAUUAAGGGCCGCUCGGAGGCGUGCUACGAGGUGGGCGAGGAGCCGCUGCUGUGGGGCGAGCGCGAGCGCGUGCGCGUGCGCGUGCACCAAUCGGGCUGGUCGCGCGCCGCCGGCCUGCGCGCGCACGCGCCCGGCCUGCUCGUGUGCGCGCACCCCGAGCGCCGCCUGCACUACCGCGUGCUGCUGCACGUGACGCUCUCGGAGCUGUGUCCACAGCUGACGAAGAUCGUGACCUUCCUUCCUUACUUCCUCGUCUACAACGACACGAAACGUCACCUGCGCUUCAUGGAGGAGAAUGAAGCCGCUGACCUGUGGAUGGACCUCGCGCCGCAGCAGUGCACGCCUUUCUGGCCACAGACCGACUCCAUGGCUAUGCACUGCAAGUUCCGGGACUCCGCUGUCGUAUCGCAGCACUUUCCCAUCACGAUUAAUCACUUUACAGUGCUUCGCAUGGACAAGGGGUCAGCGAUCUGUGUGGAUGUCACGGGAGGUACAGACCGGCCCUUCACGAUCACUUUCAAGCCCUAUUCGCCCGGAGACGCGCCGGUGCGCAUCGACAACCUCUGCGAUGAUCUGUUCCUGAAAUUACAUCAGGUGGAUUCUGGUCAAGUGGCACUCCUGAGUCCCUUCCAAUCCAUGUUGCACACCUGGGACGACCCUUUGAAAGAAAGAAAACUUAUAUGGAACAUCUACAAUAAUAAGGGCAAGGGAUUCCUUGCUGACUUCUCUCAAGAUGGGUUUGGCGAAGAAAAAGUCAGUUUUCACUCUCUGAAACAUUCAACACUCGUUGCUACGAACAGCGUUACUUCUAAAUUGUCAUCAACUCUCAAACGACUGACUCCUAAAUCACCUGAACCCUGCACAUCUAGCAGCGAUGAUUCCGAUAGCGCUGAAGUUCCAGAAAUACACACAAAAACUAAAAAGAUGAGAAAAGAUAAGGUUAUUGUAUAUUGGAUAUCUUUUAUGGACGGAUAUCAGAGGGUGUUCGCUUUAGCUCAAGAUGAGAGAAUUGCUUAUCAAUAUAAAAUGAGAAUUAAUUCUGAGCGAGCCAAUUACGAAGUGUACUUAUCCUUAGCAAGCGUUAGUCUAUCUGUAUGUGUACAAACUGAUAACGGCGUCAAGGAACUCUCGUAUAUAAGUAUCACAGACUCCCUUCCAAGAUGGGAGGUGAACGUCGGUAAUAAAUGGAAACAAUUAGCGACAGAUGUGACAGCGUGGAUUGAGGAGAAAUAUCAGACGGAGCAAAAGAAGUGCCAGCUGAAGGAGUAUUUGCAUAUAGACUUAGAAAAAAUGCAGAUGACGAAACCGUUCUUCUCGGAACUUAGAAGAUCAUACAGUCCAGGCGUUUGGCUACAGUUCAGAAAAUCUGAUACGAACACAUACUGCCAUUUAAAAUUAACAAGACUGCAAGUUGACAACCAGCUACACGAAGCAGUGUUUCCUAGUGUGUUGUACCCAGCUCCCCUGCCUCCACAUUUAAGGUCGAGAGACAUCAAACCCUGUAUAGAAAUUGUCACGCUCAAGCAGUUCAGACCAAACAUUAACCAAGAUGUUUAUAAAUAUUUCAAAGUUUUGAUUCAAGAAUUUUGCGUCAAUUUAGACAGAGGUUUUGUCAAUCAUGUCUUUGAUAUUUUAAAUCAUUGGAAGAUGGAGGAGAAGCCAGCUGUUCGGUUGAGAGCCGAUCUAGCUUUGGUCCACAUGCCACUGCCAGUGAUUGCAAUGAGGAGUCAAACUUCAGCACAAAAGGAUGUCGUGUUCGAAUUUGUUCAUUUAUCACCUAUCAAAUUGGUCUUGAAUUUGUCAUCUCGAGGAUAUUCGAAUGAAAAUGUGGACAGUCCGACAAGGUCGAGGUACGGAAGCCAGAAGGAAAAUCGACCGAAACUAUUCAAUAGUGACUUGUUGGAAUAUCUGUUCAAUUCGUGGGGUUCUUCGCUGUGUGACAUGAAAGAUGUUGUUAUCAGGAUGAGUUAUUUAGAGCUCCGCAACGCCCCUAUCACCAUAUCAUCAUUACUGGACACAGCGUGUCGACACUAUCGACUACAACUAGUACAGCAGUUCUACGUGCUGGUGCUAGGACUCAACAUCCUGGGUAACCCGUACAGUUAUAUCGGCGACUUCUCCAAGGAGUUGAGGAAUUUCUAUGAGCCAUGUAUGGGUUCAGCAAUAUCCCGUCGAGUGUCCGAUGCGGCGCUAACACUGAUGAACGGAGCGGCGCGACUGUUAGGGUGUGCGAGUGACGCCAGUGCGCCCAAUGUGUUUGAAGAUGCUCCCAAAAUUCGUUCACCUAAGAGAAUUACUGGUGAUGUAGGCGUAGUCGUAAACGAUCUACCAGAAGCAGUCAUAGAAGGGAACAAGAACAACCCUGCAAGCGUCGCCCUUGCGGUCACAGGUCUCAUAGCCAGGCCUACUUUUGACGUGUGUCGGGAGGGAGCGCGCGCGGCGCUGUGGAGGCGGGCGGGCGCGGACGGGGCGGAGGCGGCGCUGCGGGCCUGCGAGCGGCGCGCCGCCGGCCGGCUGGUCGCCAGGCGCAGGCUGCCUCGCCACUGCUCUGAACUCGAGGGCGUCCGCACGUACAGUGCCUGGGAGGCGCGCGGCGCCGCGCUGCUGAGCGCGCUGGCGCGGGGACACUACGCCGACACGGACGAGCACGUCGCGCACGCGCACCUCGCGCCCGCCUCGCCCGCCACGCUGCUCGUCACCACCCAGUACGACACACUACACCACGUCGCGCACGCGCACCUCGCGCCCGCCUCGCCCGCCACGCUGCUCGUCACCACCCAGUACGACACACUACACGCGCCGCAAUAUACACGACACUCCUCUAUACCUACGCCGACACGGACGAGCACGUCGCGCACGCGCACCUCGCGCCCGCCUCGCCCGCCACGCUGCUCGUCACCACCCAGUACGACACACUACACGCGCCGCAAUAUACACGACACUCCUCUAUACCUACGCCGACACGGACGAGCACGUCGCGCACGCGCACCUCGCGCCCGCCUCGCCCGCCACGCUGCUCGUCACCACCCAGUACGACACACUACACGCGCCGCAAUAUACACGACACUCCUCUAUACCUACGCCGACACGGACGAGCACGUCGCGCACGCGCACCUCGCGCCCGCCUCGCCCGCCACGCUGCUCGUCACCACCCAACAUAUCUUCGUGGUCCGCGCGGGGGCCCGAGGCUGGCGAGUGGAGUGGGCGGUGCGCCUCGAUCAGUUACUGGGAGCCCCGCGCGUGAGGGAUGGCGCCCUCGUGCUUAGCAUUAAGCAGGACGAGAUGGUGGAUUACUACUCGACAGAUGAGAAGGUAGUAGAGAUUCCAGACCCUCAGGUACUGAGCUGGCUUCAAUCCAAGAUCGAAUGCGCACUCAUACACGCACUGGAAGACAAGAGAUGCCCCGAACAGUAAAUAUGCGAGGUGUUUGGUGGAAGAAAUUAAAAAAAGAAUACUAGUUAAUUGUGUCAUAACUUCCAAUGGUUUUUUAAUUAUUAUUUUUUUCAUUAAUAUGUUUUAUAUGUAAACAAGCAAGAAACAAUUUAACAGUGUCGUAACUCUUGACUGUUCUUUUACGUGCUUUGAUAUACUCGUAUUUAUUUAGUUGUGC